AGACGAUAGAAUUCGGCCGAUUUCGAAUACCUACGCAAACGGCAGAAGACACAGAACCUUCUGGAUUCCAGAUCUCCUCGAAACCCUAACCCCUCGAACUUCUAGAACCUCCAUGGACGGCCUCGCGGCGCCCUCACCCUCCCACUCCGGCGCCACGUCGGGCGGCGGCGCCUCCCACCGCAAGCGGAAGCUUCCGCCACCAUCCCUCUCUGACGCCACCGCCGACGAGGACGACGACACCACGGCGCCGUCGUCCCCCGCCACCUCCCUAUCCUCGCCUUCCCGCCCGUCGUCUCCGUCCUCCUCCCAUUCUGACGAGGAUGACGACGACUCCCUUACCACCUUCACCGCCGCUCGCCUCGAUGCCGCACCUGCAUCCUCAUCCGGCAGGCCUCCGAAGCCCGACUCGUCGUCCGCAUCUGCCGUCACAGCGGCGGCUCCUAAGCCCGAUGCCGCGUCCGCGGCGGCUGGAGACGGGAAGGAGGACUCCAAGGGGCUGUUCACGGACAAUAUCCAGACUAGUGGCGCUUACAGCGCCCGCGAGGAGGGUCUCAAGCGUGAGGAAGAUACAGGGAAGCUGAAAUUUCUCUGUUAUUCUAACGAUGGAGUCGACGAACAUAUGAUCUGGUUGGUAGGUUUGAAGAAUAUCUUUGCACGGCAGCUCCCUAAUAUGCCCAAGGAGUAUAUAGUCCGACUUGUUAUGGAUAGAACUCACAAGUCAAUGAUGGUUAUCAGGAAUAAUAAUGUUGUAGGAGGCAUUACUUACCGCCCUUAUGCAAGCCAGAGGUUCGGAGAAAUAGCAUUUUGUGCAAUUACAGCUGAUGAACAAGUUAAAGGCUACGGAACAAGGCUAAUGAAUCAUCUGAAGCAACAUGCCCGAGAUGCUGAUGGCCUCACUCAUUUCUUAACUUAUGCAGAUAACAAUGCUGUUGGUUAUUUUGUAAAGCAGGGUUUCACAAAGGAGAUCACAUUCGACAAAGAAAGAUGGCAGGGGUACAUCAAGGACUAUGAUGGAGGAAUACUGAUGGAGUGCAAAAUUGAUCAAAAGCUUCCGUAUGUUGAUCUAGCAACAAUGAUUCGGCGCCAAAGACAGGCAAUUGAUGAGAAGAUCAGAGAGCUUUCUAACUGUCAUAUUGUUUAUUCAGGAAUUGAUUUUCAAAAGAAAGAAGCUGGUAUUCCAAGAAGACUGAUGAAACCAGAAGAUAUCCCUGGGUUGAGGGAAGCUGGGUGGACUCCUGACCAGUGGGGGCAUUCCAAAUCACGUUCAACAUUUUCCUCGGAUUAUAACACUUACAGACAGCAGCUUACUAGCCUUAUGCGGAUGUUGUUGAAGAGUUUGGUCGAUCAUGCCGAUGCUUGGCCAUUCAAAGAGCCGGUGGAUUCACGUGAUGUUCCAGAUUAUUAUGAUAUUAUCAAAGAUCCUAUUGAUUUGAAGACAAUGUCCAGAAGAGUUGAGUCGGAGCAGUAUUAUGUGACCUUAGAGAUGUUUGUAGCCGACUUAAAGAGAAUGUUCAUUAAUGCGAGAACCUACAACUCUCCUGAUACGAUCUAUUUCAAAUGCUCCACACGGCUCGAGGCCUACUUCACAAAUAGAAUCCAAUCUCACCUUGCCCAGGCUGCGUCAACCAAGAACUAGACUGAUGUUGGGCGCAUUGGGUAGUCACUUGUUAUGCCGUCCAGCAAUUUUUUACUAUUAAUGCAGCAUUGUCUCACGAUUUUACUUGGUCAAAGUCCAAAUUAUCACUCUUUAGGCUCAUGGAAUACUAGUUGUCUGAGAGAAGCUAAUGUUGUUGUGCAUGAUUAGCGAAAAUAGCUGGAUCGUCGUUUUGUGAGGAGUGGACUGAAGAUGCCUAAUGAGCUACUUCCUCUAUUGAUCAAA